AUGAGGACACAAAUACCGUACACCGGCGAUGAGCCCCACUUGGUGAAGAUGAUUGAAAUGGACAUCUUGGAGUCUGACUUGGGGGUAUUGUUUGACGACAUCGCCAGUUUGGACAAUGCGAAGCGGCUGCUGGAUGAAGCUGUGACUCUUCCCCUCAUAAUGCCAGAAUUUUUCACAGGUAUCAGGGAGCCCUGGAGGGGCGUUCUCUUGUUUGGACCGCCAGGAACGGGAAAGACGCUGCUCGCCAAGGCGCUUGCAAAUAUGCACAACAUCAGGUUCUUCAACUGCAGUUCCGCAACUCUCACGUCCAAAUGGCGGGGCGAAUCCGAGAAGCUGGUCCGCGUGCUGUUCAGCAUGGCGAGGCACUACGCACCGUCCAUCAUAUUCUUUGAUGAGGUAGAUGCCCUUGCUAGCACCCGAGGAUCGGACAGUGAGCAUGAAGCCAGCCGCCGGUUCAAGAGCGAGCUUUUGCAGCAGGUCGGGACGAUGGAUGGCGUCGCCACAACCAGGGAGCCGGGAAAGAACACCAUGGUGCUGGCGACCACAAACUGCCCCUGGGACCUCGAUGAAGCCAUGAGGCGGCGCCUGGAGAAGCGAAUCUACAUACCGCUACCGGACCACAAGGCCAGGGAACGAAUGUUGGAAAUCAAUUUGAAGGGUGUGAAGCGCGCUGCUUCUGUGGACCUCCGGAAGCUCGCUGAAAGCAUGGCCGGCCACAGCGGGGCUGACGUGCGGCUGGUCUGUAGAGAGGCCGCCAUGAUGCCAAUGAGGCGGCUCAUUUCUGACAAGAGCCCAUUGCAGAUAAAAGAAAUGAGGGACCAAGGCCUACUGGAUGUUCAACUCGCCAUGGACGACUUCGAAAAGGCACUGAAGAACACACAACCGUCGGUAUCGAUGAUGGACGUCACUCGUUUCGAGCGCUGGAACAAGGAAUUCGCCUCAGUCUAA